CCUUUCGUCAAGCACGAGAAAGUAGUGAAACUGGAGUUGCCUCAGUCGUUGUGCUGUACCGAUGAUGUCGAGCUUUCAUCUCACAUUUGAAGAAUUACAUCUUUUUGGGGGAUUAUUACCAAGAUGUUGAUAAGUGCCUACUGAAGAUAUUUGGCUACUGUCCGAUGUUGAUGAAGCCAUCAUUCAUGAGGCGUAAGACAUUGGAAUUUUAAAUGUCUGACGCUAGGCUAUAAGAUAAGGACUAAAGGUCUUGAACUAUCGUGCACAUGGUAUCAAAUCAAUCAACUGGGUCUGGCCUGAAGUUGCUGCUAGUGAACCUGCAACAUUGUAUCAACUAGCCUAUUCCAGGCCCUACCCUGAGAGUUUCCCAUGUCAGUGAGCUUGGGACAGACAACUGUUUUGGGGAAAAGUUUUCAGGCAGGUGUAGAUGCUCCAGACGCAGCAGGCCCCAGGAAGAGGCUGCCUCCAUCCAUCUGUGCGGCUCUUCUCUGAUUCCUGGGUCUCUCAGUCUCACUUUGCACCACACCUUAACAGGGACCACAGAGAAAAUAAACAGGAGUGAGGAGGCCACUGGAUAUUCUCAAGAAGUGAAGCCAUUUUGUUUUGACCCUCAGUAUCACUGACCUUUCAACCUUUGGUUCAAUCUGGUGGUUUCCUUGUGAUUGGACACUCCCUAGAGGGGUAGGAAAUCACCCUCCCCGUCUGUCCGUCUGCGUCCUACCUUCGGACCUCCAUCACUAUGGCGACCUCGGUGCAGCCCAACGAGUUGGUGUUUGAGUUCGCUAGCAAUGGGAUGGAUGAGAUAAACCAGGCCUCUCUGUGUGUCCAGCUGGAUGAUCCGUCCGUGUUCCCAGCAGUCAUCGUGGAACAGGUGCCCGCUGCUGACCUCAUGCAGGUCUACUCGGGCAUGGAGUCGGACGAGGUGACCAACGGCAUUAUGGUGGACAACACUGUACAUGUGAUGGAGGAGCCCAUUAUGGUCGGAGACGUGGGCCUCUCAGUAGAAAGGACUGUAUCGGGUACAGAGGAUAACAUGGAGACCAAUGAGGCUGCGGCAGCCCUUCUUAACAUGGAGUCACCAAACAACAUUCUGGAUGAGAAACGCAUGAUUCAUACGUACGGGACCAUGUUGGAGUCUGACUACACCUACAUCCACCUGCGGCCGGAGCCCAACGGCUGCAUGGAUGUAUCGCUGGACGAUGAAACAUCCUCCAUGGACGAGAUCCCUCAGAAGAGCGUGUCCAAACCACAGAGGAAAACCAAAAUGCGCAAGCCUCGGCCGGUGCGCCCCUGCUCCCCCAUUACCACUCCCAACCUACCACUCAAGAAGAAGAGCAAGGAGGGCAAAGGGAACACCAUCUACCUAUGGGAGUUUCUCCUGGCCCUGUUGCAGGACAAGAACACCUGUCCCAAGUACAUCAAGUGGACACAGAGGGAGAAGGGCAUCUUUAAGCUGGUGGACUCCAAGGCCGUGUCCAAACUGUGGGGCAAACACAAGAACAAACCUGACAUGAACUAUGAAACCAUGGGCAGGGCACUCAGGUAUUACUACCAGCGUGGUAUCUUGGCUAAGGUGGAGGGUCAGCGGCUGGUCUACCAGUUUAAAGACAUGCCCCCCGACCUAGUGGUGAUUGACGACGAGGACCCAUGCCCCGACCUCACCUCUGGCUACGGGGGCCAGCGCCCCAGCCACCACGGCCGGGGAGGCUCCAGAGGGGGGCAGGGUAAAAUCCAUGCCCAUGGGCACCGUCCUAUAUCGGUAAAACAAGUGAAGAGAGAGCCCAUUGAUAUGGAUGGAGGGCUGUACCAUGAGGUCAAUGGUAAACAGGCAGAACACAUGAUCCAGACGGUCCAUGUGCUGCAGCCCAACCAGAGGGCGGCUGUGCCGGCCUCCACACACACUUUGAGGACCAUCAACAUGCCUAACUCCGUCCCCAUGGUCCUGACGUCUUCUGGCCAGCUGCAGCCCCUCCUGUCCAACGGUGACUCGUCCAGCCACUCCUCCCAGCCCAGGGUCAUCCUCCACACCGUCCCUUCUACCACGGCGGGGGGCAAGGAUGUCCUCACCAUCCAGACAGCCUCCCUGGCCACCGGGAUGGGCAGCCUCCAGGAUCACCAUCAGCACCCCCAGUUCCUUGUCACCAGCCUGGGCUCCACUACCACCACAGGGGUCCUCAGCUCCACCACUGCCUCCCUCAACGGCCUUCCCCGCAUGGUCACUCUCAACACGGCCACCGGUCAGACCAUGGUGGCCCAGCAGCCGGGGACCGUCAUUGCUACGGUCCUCAAGUCCUCCAGCGGUGGCGAGCUCCUCCAUGGCCUGCACGGCAUCAAGGAGGAGAUGCUGGACCCCUACUACCUGCAGUCAUUGGUUAAUGGAGACCCGUCGUUUGGCAAGGAGGAGAUGGAGGCAGGGGAAGCAGAGCUCAGCUACAGGACUGUGAUCAUCGGGAAGAACCAAAGCCUUGGACCGAACCAGGGGGAGACUGGAAGCGAGUCUCCAGUGAACGGAUACUUUUCCCAGGGAAGCAGCCCCAGUGAGGGCCUGACCCCCGUGGAGGAGCUAGAGGUGCGCGGGGAGAUGGCCCUGCAACCGGAGCACAUGGUGGGAGUCAAGGGGCUCCAGGAGCUGCCAGAGAUCACUGUCCACCUUCCAGCCUCCUUCAUCCAGAUCAAGGCAGAACCCACAGAGGUCUAGUAGACCACAAGCUUACCUUUAUUGUCAUGAGUCUUGUCCUGGAGGCAGAACUGAGGGAUUUCCACUAGAUGGUCCAGCUGAAAAGUCAAAAUUGUCUCUAUCGUAAAAAUGAAGGAAGACAAAAAUGAGCUUUUUGAUCUUAAUUUAGGGUUAGGCAUUAGGAUUAGCAGUGUGGUUAAGAUUAGGUUUUUUAUUUGACCUUUAUUUGAACAGGGAGUCACCAUUGAGACCAGGGUUUCUUUCACAAGGGAGCCAUGCACAUACUAUUCAUAAGACAAAAUCGAAUUGAAAUCAGAUACAAUGUAAAACAAACUAAAAUACAGCACAACACAAAUAUUCUUACAUUCCUUAGUAAGCGGUUCCCCAAUUAGUAUUUGCAAUUGCCCGAGCGGCAGUACAACAUCCAAUUGUAAUGUAUUGUAAAAUUGGUUCCAGCAAUGAGGUGUGUUAAAACUAAAAGAGUAUUUACUUAGUCAUGUGGAGACUACAAGGAACCUCAAGGGUUUGGUAUCUCCUGAUUUGAUACUUUAUAUCAUGUUUUAUACGUUGGAAGCUUGUGUAGUAGAGCUUUGUAAACAAGAAGGGAGUAAUGAAGUGAUAUAUGGGACAUUAAUGAGGACCAGCCAACCUUUUGAUACAGGAUGCAGUGAUGAGUAAUAAAACUGUCAUGGAGAAAAAACCCGAAUGGCACUAUGGUAGACGGCAUUCACAGGUUUAAGAAUAGUGGCUGCGGCAAUCUGGUAAAUGGUGUCACCAUAGUCAAGAACUGGUAGGACAGUUGACUGUACAAUCUGCUUCCUGCUAUUUAGGGAUAGGCAAGAUCGAGUUAGAAAAAGAAGCCCACUUUAAACCACUUUUUAAAACUAUCUCAUUCGUAUGUUUUUGUCAAUCCACAUGUCCAGAUAUUUAUUGGCGGGAUUCUGAUCGAUGGAACCAUCCAAUGGAUAACUGUAGUACAUCAGGUUAAAGUUAGGCUUAAAAUCUGAUUUUACGACUUUGUGGCUGUUCCAGCUAGUGCCCACUCUUCAGAGCUGCCUCCAGGGCAAGAUUCAUGACAAUAAAUGCCAACCUGCUAAUAGGCCUGGACUCUCCAUCAAUGUUGGACUAUGAAAUCAACAUAAAGAAAGACUACCCAAAGGGCAAUUCCACCGCUUUUCAACCUCAUUUUCAUUGUCUCCAGUAAAAUACCAUUGUCUACAUAUGUGAAAAUGGCGCAUUUGUACGUUUUGUCGAAACAUAUAUAAAGUUAAAAAGUUCUACCCAACAUCAUCAAAAGUUAACACAUUUAGGACCUUUCUUCUUAUCUUUUUAACCGCAGAUCAUAGAAACACGCUGUUUUCACAUAUGGAGACACUGGUAUUUUACUGGAGACAAUGAAAAUGAGGUUGAAAAGUGGUGGAAUUGCUUUUUAACAAAGUUUCCUUGUUCUUAUCCCGUUGAUAAUGUUCUUUUGAAAAGCGAUGGAUUUUUAAAUGUGGAGUGGCAAACAGAGACCAAACGUUGGCCCCUGCAGGAUGUUUUUGCUUACUCACUGUUGUGAUCCCGUGCCCAAAUUUCAACAUCAAGGGAUUGUUUUGUGAUGUGUUGUUGAAGGCUCCAUAGUUCGAAAGGCCCUCACUCGGAUCAAUCUACCUACCUACCUUGCUACUGUCAGUAGACCCGCCCCCUUCCCGAACCUGUCCCCACCAGGAGAACAGCCAUUGGAUAACCAGGGAUCUACCCCACCACAUGUGCCAGUUAGAUUAGUAAAUGUUCUACCUACCAGUACAUCUCAUCAGACUUGUGUCAAUGCUAACAGACAAUAACAGCAAACCAAAAACAGGAGAUGGGAACUCACGUGGGAGAAUGCAAUGAAAUCAGACUUGAUGAGCAGAAAAUGUGUCAUUUCUACAUGCCGUCUCCACUUUGUUUUUAAGGAAGAAUGACGGAAACGCACCUUACUGACCUUUAAUGGAAGAGUGCCUUAUACGUAAAGGUAAAACAGUUCAAACUCUUGACUGAAAAAGUCUGAGGGGGGAAAAAAUGACGGUUCAGAUUGUUUUGACUCAAACGUUUGUGACUUAUCCGGAGUUUCCUCCAUAUCCCCCCAUAUUAUAAGUUGUCGAUAAGGUGUGCUUUCCCCUCCAUUACUCAUCGCCUUACAGCAAUGUGUUACUAUGGAAAUGGGCAUUUCCUGUCCCCUUGGACAGUCCAAUCACAAACCUGUUUGUAUAUAGCUGCAGACUUGAUGCAGGGAGAGAGAGAGAGCGAGAGACAAUACGGAGGAAACAUAAAAUAGAUUUUACUAGCCUCCUAUCUUCCCAUUAAGGCCUUUAAUCCUGUUUAUAUGAAAUGGAAUAUAUAUAUAAAUAUAUAUAAAGUAAUAAUAUACUAUUGAGAAUCAAUUUAAGGCCACAAAUGUAUUUAUUUUGUGAAUUUCUAAAUUCUGUAUAAAAAGGCACAUUUGUUUGUUAUUUACAUAUGGAAAACACGAGGGAUAAUAUACAAAGUAUAUGAAAUCAAAUAACAGGAAGCUCAUAUGUCGGUGAAUUUUUUUCUCCAAAAAGCUGAUAUGUUUUUUUUUAAAGCAUUCCUUAUAAUCAGCGCAGCAUUGAUGAUGAUACUUCCUCUGUUUUGGACUCAAAGUGGUUUGCCCCGACGCAAAUGAUGGUCUCUAUAAACAUCUCUGUCCUGUGUCAUUUAAACAUUGUGUUGUAUGUGCUUUGGUUCUUCUUCCCUUUGUACAGCGGACACACCACUAGCCUUAUUCAACAGUCAAGCAGUAGAGAUCAGUUGGAUAGAUUCACACACCCCUAUCCAGUUCAUUUGGUCUCAAUCAGUUCCUCUGUGACCUCUCCUAACCCAGUUAUUUUGGUCUCAAUCAGGUCCUCUGUGACCUCUCCUAACCCAGUUCAUUUGGUCUCAAUCAGGUCCUCUGUGACCUCUCCUAACCCAGUUAUUUUGGUCUCAAUCAGGUCCUCUGUGACCUCUCCUAACCCAGUUCAUUUGGUCUCAAUCAGGUCCUCUGUGACCUCUCCUAACCCAGUUAUUUUGGUCUCAAUCAGGUCCUCUGUGACGUCUCCUAACCCAGUUAUUUUGGUCUCAAUCAGGUCCUCGGUGACCUCUCCUAACCCAGUUAUUUUGGUCAUAAUCAGGUCCUCUGUGACCUCUCCUAACCCAGUUAUUUUGGUCAUAAUCAGGUCCUCUGUGACCUCUCCUAACCCAGUUAUUUUGUGACUCAACACUGGUGUUUUCCUCCCUACUUCUAUGCAUUUACAAUUCUGGUGCUCCGCUCCUAUAGCUCUUGGUCUUUGGUCAGACUGGUGUCUGUGCUCUUUUUAUUGGGUGUCCCACUUUUGUUAGGGACCUGAGACGUCAGGGUCUCUGAAUGGCCAUGAUAGUCUGCAGAUGCUAGUGUAAGUAAACCAGUAUUUAUCUUGAGCGCUACCAUUGCUAAAUUACUUGUAUUUUUUUCACUUGAGCUGGAGUGAGCAACAGACCAUCUGAACUCUAGCUAAUUUCAGGGGAAAUGGAGAGUCUGUGACGUGACUUCCGCUUUUGGACAUUAACACGGUGACACUCCAUCUUAACUCCUCCACAUUUACGGAUUUGUUUCAACAGUGCAGAAGAGAACCUCCCAUCAUUUUUUCCCUUCUCAACAGGUCUAGAAAGAAACGUCGCUCAGGCAUUUAUUUUACGCCUGCUUCAUUAGGUUAUGCUACUUUAGGUUAUGCUACUUUUUAGAACUUGUGCCCAGGCAUCAGUCUUAUGUCAACCAAAGGGCUCUCUGUGUUGACAAUCUGAAUGUUGUACAGUACAAAGUUAUGAAAAGUUGUGACAAUCAAUGCGCUCUAGGGUUACAAAAAGUACCAAAACAGUCUUUGGUGUUGAUAAUUGACUGCAAUGAACUCUGUGGGUGGGGUAGACUGGAUUUUCCUGCUUACAGACGCUUAUGUUGUAUAUACAGGUAUUUUCCUUUUUAAGCACUGUUGUAUGUGAGAUGUUGGCGUCUGUCCGCGCUGUCUGUCCGAUCAUUACGUUUUCCUUUGUCUUGGGUUUUCUGUGGUUUCCUCCUAUGCUGAAACUAGAUUAGAUUUUUUUAAAGAAAUAAUAUUUAGGCCCAGUGCAGUCAAAGCGUUAUUUUCCUGUGUUUUAUAUAUAUUUCCACACUAUGUGGUUGGAAUAAUACUGUGAAAUUUUGAAAAUGAUGAUAAUGCCCUUUUAGUGUAAGAGGUGUUUGAAAAGACCACCUGAAAUUUCUGCCUGUUUUGGUGGGAUAGAGUUUCGGCCUGCCUGAUAACAUCACCAGACAGUAAAUGAGUUAAUAGACCAAUAAGCAAGAGUUCCAAUCCUCUCUGCCAAUAACAGCUCGUUUUCAGUUUUCCCCUCCCCACCCAGGACACUCCCAGACAGUCCUAUCAACAUUCUUGCUUAAGAAAUUGCUCUUUGCUAAGAAUCUAUUUUUGUUUCUUUUUGACCAUUGUAAUUGAAAACAAUCCCAGUAAGGUACUUAAAUGUUACCCAGAAAUGAUUUGAUGUUGAGAUGAAAACGGCUGCAAUGGACCUUUAUAAUAAUAAAACACAUUUUGCUUAUA